GAACGCCACCCGGGGAAGGUCUGCAGUAAUCUCUCCAGAAACAGGUUUCCCAAAUACAAGGUACCUGGAUCAGGAAGCAAAAUCCAGUGGAUCCCACGGGUGGCGGUGUCUCGGAUCAUAUCUGCCUAUCUUGUUUUCCCCCCUCCUUCCACCAAAUGUGCCUGGAUGACCACCACGUAGAGAGAGACGGGCCAGUGGUUAUAAGCUCUGCGACACAGCUGUGCUAGAGGUGAGCUGCAAAACCCUCAAAGAAGCCUUUGCAAGAGGUCAGCUGCUCCCAAAAGCCGACACCACUAUGCUGCUGGGUUCUGGCUGCCAGGAUCCAUCCGGGUCAUCCCGCAUCGUUUGGGCCGACGUGGUGUCCCGGAGGCCCCAGAGCGAGGCUCGAGGGAAAGUGGCGGCCCAAGGAAUGCCAAAGUAUGACCGAAUCUCGGGGGCAUCUCCAAAGGUCCAUCUCAGGAGUGAGGGCAAAAGGAUUGAGGCCACACCACCCCUCCGUCCUCAGCAGGAGAUGUUCCCAGAAGACAGAAGAGAGUUACUUCCACUAAGAUCCCGCUUACUUGAUCCACUGCUCCCCGCACCCCAAAAUUUAGCUUCUCCAGAGAAACGGGCCGUCAAAACCAUCUGGGUUGACCUGUGGCCCCUUCUGGAGAAGGUGGCAGAGCCCUUAGGUUCACGGCAGGGGGAAAUGUCAGAGAGGGUCCCCCAGGGAGGUGGAUGUUCUUCAUCCAACCGUGAGAGGUCUAGCGGAGAAGAUCUCGAGGAUCCGGGGGUAAGAGGCUUCCUUGGUGGAAGAAGAGAAGAUAUCACAGACGGAGCAGGAGAAGACCACAUUGAUGGGGGAAAUGGAGGCAUCACGGAUGGUAAACACCCUGUUGGUGGAAAACAUGAAGGUCCUAGGGGUCGAGGAGAAGAUCUCCAUGGUGGAAGAAGUCCCCACACUCUAAGGAGGACUUCCAUCCGUCCCAAGGCUGAAGUCCUUGUUAAGGACCCCUCUUGGCCUUCAAGGACGGACUCCCUCGAAACACCCAGCCUUGACCCAAAAAGCAUCAAGACCUCGGAAGAACCCCAGCCGUGGCUUCUGAGGAACUGCUCGCCGGCGGUGGUGACGCUUCAGCCCCGGCUCAGCUCUCCGGUUUUCCUCCCCAGGAUUCUCCCAAAACUCCCACUGCAGGCGGAAGCAGAGAGUUCUGCCGGACGACCGGCUGCUCCUUCCCCGGAUUUCCAUCUUCCCACUCGGCUCCUGCUGCGGAAGCUAGAGGAAACCACGACCAGCAAACACCAUCUUGUGAUCGUAAAAAUCCUGAGCGCUUUGCAUGAGGAACUCUCAACAAACCACCCAAACGCAAGAGAUCUCGGGGAGAAACUGAGUCCGUCCCUCGAACUUCCGCGGAUCCGGCCUCAGCAAAGCGGCCCAGCGGAUGGUGCGCAGGAAGCGCCAGGCACCUCUUUUUCUACGAGGAAAAAAUGCUUUCCUUGGAAGUUCCACAAGUCAAGCGACGGAGUAGACGUUCUCCAGUAGCUGAUGCAGCUUCUGGCGACACUGGCCUUUCGGCUGAAGGUUCGUUAAGCUCGGA